AUGAGUCGCAACGAGGAGCCCAAAGGACAACAUCAUCGUCGAUUACACAUGCUCUCACACUUGGUCAAGCAUCGAGAGGCUCAUGAGACAGGAAAGGAUUUUGACAAGGAAAACGAGCGGAACUCGCUGAUGGAAAGACUGAAGGCAAGACACAGAAAUUCGAAGGAACAAGCGGAAGGAAAUCCGGCACAUGUGAAACUUUUGUCCCAAAAAUUCGACUUUAUUGAUAAAAAUCACAGCGGAUUUCUGACCAAGGAUGAGAUUUGUGCCUGUCUGGAAUUAUUUGGAUUCAAUACUGAGGAAUCCAAGUCUUUCAUCAAACGGUUUGAUCAGAACAAGGAUGGAAAAAUAUCGAAGCAAGAAUUUAUGGACGCCGUACACAAGAUAAAAAAGAGCCAAGUUACCGAGGCACAACUUCGCGUAAUAUUCCGUAAGGCCGACACAAACAAUUCGGGCAAAAUCUGCACCAAGGAAUUGCAAGACUAUUUAGCCGAAAAUCGUAAUAUUGUAUCCAAAUCGCAGGUUCAAGCUUGGAUCAAACAGCAUGAUGAAGACGGUGACGGAGAAUUGGACUACGAGGAAUUUCUCUCAUUUUUGCGUGAACACUUGUAG